CGGCGGGAGAGCAGAGGCACGGCGCGGCCGUGUUUGCUUUGGAGCCGGCUGGACCGACGGCAGGAGCAAGAUGUGCGUGAGCUCCUGCGCCGUGUGGCGGGCCUACGGGACGAGGCGGGCCCAGACUUUCAGCUUGCCCUGCACUUCGUCUUGUCCAAUUUCAGAUUUCAUCAUUUCUUGGAUGUCAACCGCCACAAGGUGGAAAAGACAAUAGAAGGAAUUUAUGAAAAAUUCAACAUUCACUCUGAUCUCAGCAAAGCUGCUAGUUGGAAGAGAUUAACUGAGGAAUUUCUAAAUGCAUCACUUCCAAGCAUAAAAGAAAUAAAGACAGAUGCACAUUACUCCAUACUGUCACUUCUUCUGUGUCUGUCUGAUUCUCCUUCAAACAGCAAUUAUGUGGAAACACCAAGAGAUAAAGAAGUGGAAAAGAAAGAUGAUUUUGAUUGGGGAAAAUACUUGAUGGAAGGUGAAGAAAUUGACCUUGGUCCAAAUGCAGACACACCAAAUUGGUCUGAAGAAAGUGAAGGCGAAGAUGAUCAACAGCCCUUAAGCAGAGAGGACUCUGGGAUUCAGGUGGACAGGACGCCUUUAGAAGCACAAGAUCAAAACAGGAAACCAGGGCCUCGUGUCAACUGGAAAGUAGAUGAGCCAGAUGCCCGAAGCUGGCUAGAACAGCAUGUGAUCCGUCAGUACUGGACAGCCAGGUCCUCGAGGUUUCCUCAUAGUUUACAUUUGCACUCCAAUUUAGCAGCUGUCUGGGACCAACACUUGUACAGCAGUGACCCAUUAUAUGUUCCAGAUGACAGAGUUUUUGUUACUGAGAUGCAGGUUAUUCGGGAAACUCUAUGGUUACUUUCAGGAGUAAAGAAGCUCUUUAUAUUUCAGUUGAUAGAUGGGAAGGUAACUGUGAGAAACAAUAUUAUAGUAACUCAUUUGACACAUAGCUGUUUACGAUCAGUGCUGGAACAAAUAGCAGCAUAUGGCCAGGUUGUGUUUCGACUCCAGGAGUUCAUUGAUGAAGUCAUGGGGCACAGCUCUGAAAGCAUGUUACCUGGAAAUGGUUCCAUUCCUAAGAAGUCAACUGAACCGCCCUUUAGGACAUACCAGGCUUUCAUGUGGGCCCUGUACAAAUACUUCAUUAGUUUUAAAGAGGAACUUACGGAAAUUGAGAAGUGCAUCAUCAGUAAUGAUACAACAAUAACUCUUGCAAUAGUGGUAGACAAGUUGUCACCCCGACUUGCUCAGCUCAAGGUUCUGCACAAAGUGUUUAGUACUGGAGUAGCAGAAGUUCCACCUGACACUCGGAAUGUUGUUCGGGCAUCUCACCUGCUCAACACGCUGUACAAGGCCAUUCUUGAAUAUGACAAUGUUGGAGAAGCCUCUGAGCAAACCGUCUCCUUGCUCUUCUCUCUCUGGGUGGAGACAGUGCGGCCCUACCUGCAGACUGUGGAUGAGUGGAUUGCACACGGGCAUCUCUGUGACUGCGCCAGGGAGUUCAUCAUCCAGAGAAACAAAAAUGUUCCAGUAAAUCACAGAGACUUUUGGUAUGCAACUUACACACUGUACAGUGUAUCGGAAAAGACAGAAAAUGAAGAAAAAAUGAGUGAUAAUGCCAGUGCAAGUUCUGGCAGUGACCAAGGGCCCUCCAGCAGGCAGCACACCAUGGUGUCCUUCCUUAAACCUGUCCUUAAGCAGAUCAUAAUGGCGGGCAAGUCGAUGCAGCUGCUGAAGAACCUGCAGUGUGCGGAGAGCACCACAUGCCAGGCCACAGCCAGAGAUGCAGAAAGAAAAAGCUUGUAUACCCUCUUUCUGGAAUCUGUACAGUCACGUCUUCGACAUGGGGAAGAACCCACUGCACAAGUCCUCACUGAGCAGCAGGAGACCAAAGGGAACCUAAUUAAGAUUCAGUCCAUUGCUGAAAGGCAUCUGGAACUGGAUGACGUUCAUGAUCCACUGCUGGCAAUUAACUUUGCAAGGUUGUAUUUAGAACAGAGUGACUUUCACGAGAAGUUUGCUGGUGGAGAUAUAUGUGUGGAUAGAUCAUCAGAAUCUGUGACGUGCCAGACAUUUGAGUUAACGCUGAGAUCUUGCCUCUAUCCUCAUAUUGACAAGCAGUAUCUUGAUUGCUGUGGAAACCUCAUGCAAACUCUAAAAAAAGAUUACAGGUUGGUCGAGUACUUGCAGGCCAUGAGAAAUUUUUUCUUAAUGGAAGGUGGAGAUACCAUGUAUGACUUCUACACAUCAAUUUUUGAUAAAAUAAGAGAAAAGGAAACCUGGCAGAAUGUGUCAUUUCUUAAUGUACAGCUCCAAGAAGCAGUAGGACAACGUUAUCCUGAAGACAGUUCACGUCUAUCUAUAACUUUUGAAAAUGUUGACACAGCUAAGAAGAAACUCCCUGUUCAUAUUUUAGAUGGUCUGACCCUGAGCUACAAGGUCCCAUGGCCUGUGGACAUUGUUAUAAGUUUGGAAUGUCAAAAAAUUUAUAAUCAGGUGUUCCUUCUCUUAUUGCAAAUAAAGUGGGCAAAAUAUAGUCUGGAUGUUUUACUCUUUGGUGAACUGGCUAGUACUGCUGAAAAACCACAACUUAAAGAAGAAGUUUUAUGUGAGCAAGACACAGCUGCUCAGUUUGGACCACAAAAGGAACCAGUGAGACAGCAGAUUCAUCGUAUGUUCCUCUUGAGAGUGAAGCUCAUGCACUUUGUGAACAGCUUGCACAACUACAUUAUGACCAGGAUUCUUCACAGUACGGGGCUGGAGUUUCAACAUCAAGUUGAGGAAGCCAAGGAUUUAGAUCAGUUGAUUAAAAUUCACUAUAGAUAUUUGUCAACCAUCCAUGAUCGAUGUUUGCUGAGAGAAAAGGUCAGCUUUGUGAAGGAAGCCAUCAUGAAGGUGUUGAACUUGGCUCUCAUGUUUGCAGAGGGCUGGCAGGCGGGCCUGGGGGCUUGGCGAAUGGAAUCUAUAGAGAAAAUGGAGUCUGAUUUUAAAAACUGCCAUAUGUUUCUUGUAACCGUUUUAAACAAAGCCGUCUGUAGAGGAUCCUUUCCCCAUCUGGAAUCUCUAGCACUGUCACUCAUGGCUGGCAUGGAACAGAGUUAAAUGUCUUCAAUGUAAUAAAUAUCUCAGAUUUAAUCUUCAUACAUAUGCAUUUCCACCACAUGCAGUUGAGAAGGAGCAAUCUUUAUUUCGGUUCAUUUUAGAAAUUGUUGUCUACUGUCUAGACAAGUAGAUUUGUAGGUCUUUUCUCUGGAGAUUAUUGGAUAGUAUAUAGGAUUAUGUGUAUAAAAUUGUAUCAGUAAUGCAAAGUGUAUAUAGGCUGUUUACAGUUACAUUUCCUACUUUAAGCUCUAGAUUUAUGCUAUUGAUAAUGUGAAUUGUAUCAUUUUUGAAAAUGUAAUUAUUAAUAUGAAAAAUAAAGUACUUUAGUUAAAUUCUUUAGUUCUCUUUUUACUUGGCCACAGAAGUUUUUUAUGUAGAGUUUUACAUACUGUCUUCCCUAAAGGUUGUCUUAGAUUUGGUUGUCUCAAAAAUGUAUUUUUAUGUGCCUGGGAAGUUCCAAAAUGGAAAAUAACUUUAAUCAAUAUCAAUAAAUGUAAAAGCCAACUUCACUUAGGGCCAUCUGUUGGUACAUGCUUAUUAUUUGACAUUUCUGAGCAAUUUUUGUGAACAAGUUAUAUCUUAAAUAAAAUCAUGCUUACCGUUCAA